AUCAUGAAUGCAUAAAACUUUUUUUAGCAGCCCUCAGAUUUUGACUCAAAAAAAGGAAGUCUUUGUUUGUUAAAGUGAUGAUGUCAAAACUAGAAAAGAAUGCCUCUCUUUCUCUUCCCUUUCUUAGGUAAGAUACUAUUAAAGAUAAUAUAAUACUUAAAAGCAAUGUUUAAAAAAUUGAAUUCUCAUAUAAUCUGACGAAUUCUCAUAAUUCAAAUCUUGGGUAUUGACCGUUUGGUUCAAAGGACAUGUAGUUCUCGUAUCUCGAUGUCCUAGAUCCCUGCAACAGCCACCCCCUGGCCCCUUACCUUUCUUUACAAUAUUUUUUUUCAUUACCUUGCCUCUUAAUCAAUGUUUCAGGUUUUAGCUUUUCGUUCCUUCAAAUUUUAGUUUUACUCAUAUUUAAAUCAAUCUGGAAAUGGGUUAUUUUAACAUGUCCAUUCUUUCCAUGCAAAUGAACAUUGCUUUGAUCCUUGGAUUUCAACUUUGCAGUUUAAGCUAAACUGUCUUAGCAAAGUACUGAAGAUUAGAUUCUUCUACUUUUUCAAAAGAUUAUUUAUUCUAUAGUUUCUGAUUUCCCAAGUCGGUUCUGUUGGAACUUGAAAGUUAUACAAAAAUAUAUUUAUAGUCAGUAAGAGAAUUUCUUCUUACUUGUAUAAAUUUCAUCCUCUGAUGAUUUCUGGAGACUUAAAUCCUUUAUUAAAAGGUUGGGUUUUAUUGUUUUUGUGAAAAAAAAAAAUUGAAACUUGAGGGAAAAGUUUCUAGUAAUAAGCUUUUGAGUGUGUACAUUUAUGUUUUUAUCCUUACUGGAACUUACUAAGAUUGUCUUCUUCUGCUAUGUAAAUGACAAGUUUUAUGAAUAUGGGGGUGUUAGGUGUAGGUGUAUAAAGUUUCCAGAUGUUCCACCUUUUUGUGUUCUUGUCUUUGGUCUUUAGGGUUUCAAUAGCAUUCUUUUAGUAGCAGUAGUUUGGGCAAAUUAAGGCUCCCUAGAUCUGAAACAUAGUUGUCAACAGAGACGAGGAAUUUUGAGUUGGUGGUUGAGUUUUUACUUUUAAGUUCACGAGAUUAGAGGUUUGUCACAAGAUAUAGGUGCUAAUGAACUUCUCAGCCUGAUUAGUGUCUUUCCAUUCAUUGUUGUCGGUAUUUCGGUGCUUUUAAGAAUUCUAGAACUCUACAGUUACAAAAGGGAGUUUUGGCUUCGUUUCCAAAAUGGGGCAUUCUGCAGCAGCAUGCGAUUAUAGGGCAGCAACUGAGAUUACAAAGGAUUGGAAUGGGAUCGAUAAGGUUGUGCUUCGGAACCCUCGAGGGGCUUCAGCAAGGGUUAGCUUACAUGGAGGACAGGUCACUUCAUGGAGGAACGAGCAUGGGGAAGAACUUCUGUUCACUAGCAGUAAGGCCAUUUUUAAGCCCCCAAAAGCAGUGCGAGGAGGAAUCCCUAUUUGUUUCCCUCAGUUUGGUAACUGCGGGUCACUCGAGCAACAUGGAUUUGCUAGGAACAAGAUUUGGACAAUUGAUGAAAACCCUCCACCUAUAAAUCCAAAUGAUUCCCAUGGCAAAUCAUUCAUCGACCUGUUGCUUAAACCAUCUGAAGAAGAUCUCAAGUGCUGGCCUCAUAGUUUUGAGUUUCGCUUGAGAGUGUCGCUUGCAGCAGAUGGAAGUCUGACAUUACUAUCACGAAUUAGGAAUGUCAAUGGGAAGCCAUUUAGUUUCUCUUUUGCGUAUCAUACAUAUUUGUCAGUUUCUGAUGUAAGUGAAGUGAGGAUAGAAGGGCUGGAGACGCUUGACUACCUAGACAACCUUUGCCAAAAAGAGCGAUUUACAGAGCAAGGAGAUGCUAUAACUUUUGAAUCUGAGGUGGAUCGAGUUUAUGUCAGUACUCCAAAUGCAAUUGCUGUACUUGAUCAUGAAAAGAAACGGACAUAUGUUAUCAGAAAGGAGGGACUACCUGAUGUUGUGGUAUGGAAUCCAUGGGAGAAGAAAUCGAAAUCAAUGGUAGAUUUUGGAGAUGAUGAGUAUAAACAGAUGGUAUGCGUUGAUGGAGCAGCAAUCGAGAAGCCUGUGACCUUGAAACCAGGUGAGGAAUGGACAGGGCGGUUGGAACUCUCAGUUGCACUAUCAACUUUCUGUAGCGAACAUUUUGAUCUCCAGAGCAGUGGGUUUUGAUGAAAUGGUACAAACAAAUUUUCAGACGAUGUACCAAUCCAAGUGUAUGAAGUUUUAUUAUUAGCACUUGUAGGAAUAGUUCAAUGUUACUUCACAGCAUGCUUAUUAUUAACAUUGAAUUAACAUUGAACUGAGUGUAAGUAAGUAGGACCAAUAAAUUCUCAUGCCAACAAGAUGAGAAACCUUGAAACAAUAAUAGAGACUGAAGGUUACGGUCUUUUUUUUU